UCCCAUACGUAACACAUCUCUGCGUCUGUUUAUAUCCCCUUCCCUACCCGUCGAUUUUUUGACUCUGUCGAAAUGGCUCAAAGUCCCGUCACUCACUUCACCCUCAACAACGGGCUCAAGAUCCCGUCUGUGGCGCUCGGCACCUGGCAGUCGCCCAAAGGUCAGGUCCGUGAUGCUGUUUGCGAGGCGCUCAAGGCUGGCUACAGGCACAUUGACUGUGCCUGGGGGUACCAGAAUGAGGAAGAGGUUGGAGAGGGCAUCAAGCUGAGCGGUGUUCCCCGUGAGGAGAUCUGGAUCACCAGCAAGCUCUUCGAGUUCCACCACGAGCACGUUCGCCCGGCCGUUGAAGAGUCUAUCAAGAAGCUCGACUGCGGGUACCUCGACCUCUACCUCGUUCACUGGAACGUUGCGCUCGUUCCGGACGUGCCGGCAGAUGGCGGCCUCCCGCGCGCGCCUAAGAAGGACCCCAAGACGGGAAAGCCGCAGGUGAAUCGGGAGCUCUCGGACAACCCCUUGCCUACCUGGCGCGAGAUGGAGAAGCUCGUCGACGAGGGCCUCGUCAAGAGCAUCGGUAUCUCCAACUUCAACAUUCGCCGCACUCGCGAGCUCCUCAAGCAGGCCCGCAUCAAGCCGGUCGCGAACCAGGUCGAGCUCUCAUUUGCAUGUCCGCAGCCUGAGCUGCUCGGGUGGCUCAAGAAGCACGACAUUCUCCCGCAGGCAUACUCUCCUCUCGGCAGCACUGGCGCUUCGCAGGCCAACCUCGAAGUGGUCGAGAAGAUCGCCAAGGCGCACGGUGUCGAGGGUGCCAAUGUGCUGAUCAGCUGGGCCGUCCAGCGUGGCAGCAACCCUCUGCCGAAGAGUGUGACGCCGAAGCGUAUCGUCAACAACCUCAAGAUCUUCCAGCUCUCCGAAGAGGAGUUCGCAGAGAUGGAGAAGGCCGCCAAGAGCCAAAAGCACCACAAGGUCUGCGACCAGAGCGAGGACUUUGGCUACGACAUCUUCGAGCAGAACCACCCGGAGAACAACGACAUUAUCCAGAGCAGGAAGGACUAAAUGAACACUACAGUUCAGCAUUCGCCAAGUCUGGCGCUGCUUGCGAUCGUCCCGUCAGCAUCCAAGGCAAAGUAGGUUUUGGGCACAUUGGGUCGGUUUCGUUUUCUGCAUACAUGAGGUGCCUCUUCUCUGCUGCUAAGAGGUGUAAGCGGAAGACUCGUGGAGGUCCAUUUUGUAGUUGAAGAACAAAAUUGGCAAUAGAAUCUAGGCGAACCCCAG